AGCAGCCGGAGCAGCCGCAGCCUGCGCCCUCUCCCGCCCGCCCGCCCUCCGCCCGCCCGCCCGCCCUCCGCCGCCCUCCACCCGCCCCGGGGUCUCUUUCCCCCUUCCUCCUCCUCCUCCUCCACCCCCCCCUUCCUCCUCCGCCCGCCCGCGGGGCCCCCCUCGCCUUCCCGCCCGCCCCUAUUGUUCCGCCCCCGGCCUCCCGCCCUUCCCCUUCCCGCCCGCUCCCCUUUUCCCCUCAGUCGCCUCGCGCCUGCAGUUUUUGGCUUUCACCCCCACCAGUGACCAAAGACUUGACCACUCAAAGUCCAGCUCCUCAGAACACUGCUCGACAUGGACACCGGUGUGAUUGAAGGUGGAUUAAAUGUCACUCUCACCAUCCGGCUACUUAUGCAUGGAAAGGAAGUUGGCAGUAUCAUCGGGAAGAAAGGAGAAUCAGUUAAGAAGAUGCGUGAGGAGAGUGGUGCACGUAUCAACAUCUCAGAAGGGAAUUGUCCUGAGAGGAUUAUCACUUUGGCUGGACCCACUAAUGCCAUCUUCAAAGCCUUUGCUAUGAUCAUUGACAAACUGGAAGAGGACAUCAGCAGCUCUAUGACCAAUAGCACAGCUGCCAGUAGACCCCCAGUCACCCUGAGGCUGGUGGUCCCUGCUAGUCAGUGUGGCUCUCUCAUUGGGAAAGGUGGUUGCAAGAUCAAGGAAAUACGUGAGAGUACAGGGGCUCAGGUCCAGGUGGCAGGGGAUAUGCUCCCCAACUCAACUGAGCGGGCCAUCACUAUUGCUGGCAUUCCGCAGUCCAUCAUUGAGUGUGUGAAACAGAUCUGCGUGGUCAUGUUGGAGACUCUCUCCCAGUCCCCCCCGAAGGGCGUGACCAUCCCGUACCGGCCCAAGCCGUCCAGUUCUCCAGUCAUCUUUGCAGGUGGUCAGGACAGGUACAGCACAGGCAGCGACAGUGCGAGCUUUCCCCACACCACCCCGUCCAUGUGCCUCAACCCUGACCUGGAGGGACCACCUCUAGAGGCCUAUACCAUUCAAGGACAGUAUGCCAUUCCACAGCCAGAUUUGACCAAGCUGCACCAGUUGGCAAUGCAACAGUCUCAUUUUCCCAUGACGCAUGGCAACACCGGAUUCAGUGGCAUUGAAUCCAGCUCUCCAGAGGUGAAAGGCUAUUGGGCAGGUUUGGAUGCAUCUGCUCAGACUACUUCUCAUGAACUCACCAUUCCAAACGAUUUGAUUGGCUGCAUAAUCGGGCGUCAAGGCGCCAAAAUCAAUGAGAUCCGUCAGAUGUCUGGGGCGCAGAUCAAAAUUGCGAACCCAGUGGAAGGAUCUACUGAUAGGCAGGUUACCAUCACUGGAUCUGCUGCCAGCAUUAGCCUGGCUCAAUAUCUAAUCAAUGUCAGUUUAGAAAACGCUAAACCCUCCUCCCAGGCAGCCUCCGUCACGAUCCCUGAUCACCUCAGCAUCAACCUCUCUCAACCCUCCACCCCUUCUUCUUCUUCUUCCUCCUCCACCACCACCCCCUCGCUCGCCACAGCGGGGACCUCCGACGCACCCUCCAGCCUCCCCAACCCUCUUCCGACCGCCCCUUGUGUCUCCAGUCUGCUUGGCAUGAAACCCAUCCCUCUCCUGGCUCUAAAUGUUGUGUCUGCUGCUAAGGGUGCCGGGGCUUCAGCUACCACCACCACCACCUCUGCCGUGCCAUGUGUAACUAACAAACUGAAAAGCGAGAAACAGAGAUUCUCUCCCUACUGAUUGCGUAUAUCUUGGGGGCACCCCCUCAAGUAUUUCUUGUUUUUGUUUUUGUUUUUGUUUUCCCUUUGUUAACAUUGGUGAGAACCAAACUAUUGUGAGCUUGUGACCGUUUCCUUUUUACUGUUUUGGGGGAUAACAGGGUGGGGGCAGGGGCAAUGGUAAACUGUUUAGGUUUAGGCCGUUUCUGCUUGAGUGCCUGUUUCAGAGUCUGACUUGUUGAAUUCUUUAUCUAGAGCCACAGUUCUUGCUCUUCUUUCUCAUUCUGUUACUUUUUUGUAGCUUUAUUCUGCCUUGCAAUAUAACAAUGUUUUAGGCUCUGUGUUAAUUAAUAAAAGCUUCUCCAUUAA